ACGAAAAAACUCUAGACAGAUUGGGGAUAAAUAUCCCAAAAAAGAUCAAACCUACCCCUUAACACUCAUCGAAGUUCCAUUAGGGAUUUCAAGAAAACAAUUUGUGCCUACACAGUACACGCGUCUACCGUCCCCACGACUUUUUUAGUUUUUUUUUUUCUUUUAUUCUCACACGCAGAAUUUCAUUUCUAUAUACAGUAGUUGAAUUCCAGCUUAUCAAGAUUUUUGUUUUGCUUUUUUUCUCUAUUGGGUUUUCAAGAAAGUCCUAGAAUCUUGAUUGUAUUGACUAAAAAAUCGAACCUUUAGCAACACACCAUCAUAGAAUUAACAAAGUAGUUUUAGUUUUUUGGGGUUUUGUUGUAAUCUGAUAAAGAUGGGAGCUGAAGCUGAGGUUAUGGUUCAACUUCAACAUACUAUCCCUGUGUUGGAUGUCUCAUGUUGUUCUGAUUUGGAUGUCAAAUCCCCCGAGACAACCAUAUUGCAAUUCAUUCCGAGCAUUCGCUCAGGUAGCUUUGCAGAUACUGGCCCACGUAGGUUCAUGGAAGACGAGCAUAUAAGGAUAGACGAUCUAUCUGCACACCUUGGCUCACUCAUGAGGUUUCCGAAGCCCAGUGCUUUCUAUGGGGUGUUUGAUGGUCAUGGAGGAUCGGAAGCUGCAGCUUAUGUGAGAAAAAAUGUACUUAACUUAUUCUUCAGAGACACUAAUUUCCCAGAGACUUCAGAAGUUGAUGAGGUAUUUCUAGAAGGGGUGGAGAGCUCUCUUCGGAAAGGGUUUCUUCUGGCUGACCUUGCUUUAGCUGAUGACUGCAAUAUCAGCAGUUCUUCUGGAACCACUGCGCUGACAGCUCUUGUGUUGGGAAGGCUAUUAAUGGUGGCAAAUGCCGGAGACUGCCGAGCAGUCCUUUGCCGUAACGGAGAGGCAAUUGACAUGUCCCAAGACCAUAGACCAAAUUAUCCAUCAGAGAGGAGGCGUGUUGAAGAGUUAGGUGGAUUUAUUGAUGAUGGCUAUCUGAAUGGUACACUAUCAGUGACGAGAGCCUUGGGGGACUGGGACAUGAAGCUGCCUCGUGGCUCUGCCUCUCCUCUGAUUGCAGAGCCAGAAUUUCGACAGAUAGUUCUGACAGAUGAUGAUGAAUUCCUCAUUAUUGCUUGUGAUGGAAUCUGGGAUGUCAUGUCUAGCCAACAAACAGUUAGUCUAGUGCGUCGAGGGCUAAGACGGCAUGAUGAUCCUGAACAGUGUGCGAAGGACCUUGUCAUGGAGGCCUUGCGGCGCAAUACAUUUGACAAUCUUACAGUAAUUAUUGUAUGCUUUACUUCCCCUGAUCAUCAAGAGCUAUCACCAAUUCGUCCAAGGAGAUUAAGGAGCUGCAGCUUCUCUGCAGAAGCCUUGUGUAGCUUGCAGAGCUGGUUAGACAACAACGGGAGCCAUUGAUGGUGGUGCAAGCUGUUUGCGGCUGCCUCAUUUGGGCAGAAUAAAGAGCAGCUAUAGUUUUGGUAGUUAUAUCUUAUUUUGCUGUUGUAUUUGGGUGGCUGUAUGCACAUACAAUUGGUUGGUGAGUGGGGGGAGCUACACUGACUUUUAGUUUAUUAUGUCUGUUGUUAGUGUAUGGCCGUGUUUAUGUAACUCAUUCUAUUAGUUGUACAUAAUGAACCCUUGUUACUUUUUGCUCAUUAUAGUAACUAGAUUGCUAUUCCUUA